CAAAAAAUCAACAACCUUUACCUUGAUGAAGUCCUUCUGAAGCCACGCCCACUGUGUGUGCUGCUCUAUUUAAACACUGCCCAAACCCAGGAGCGUUAUUCUGAACGCUGAGCUAAUUAACAGAGAGCCCAGGUGUCUGUGUUCCUGACAAACAUGUCUGUGAUUAGCCUGCUCCUAGCACACACCGCCACGGUGUCUCUGGCUUUAGUUUUAACUGGUUUUAUAUUUUUAUACUUUUACUCGAAAUCCUCCAAGUCGUCUAAUUACAACUUCCCCCCCGGCCCGCCGGCUCUACCUGUUAUUGGGAACCUGAACAUUUUGGACCUGCACCAGCCACACAAAACGCUGAGUAAGCUCUCGGAGACGUACGGCAAUGUGUUCACCUUCCACAUGGGUCCCAAGAAGUACGUGGUUUUGACAGGCUAUGAGGCGGUCAAGGAGGCUCUAGUAACCCAAGCAGACGACUUCUCAGAGAGAGGCCAGACGCACACUACAGAAGAUUUAUCUAAAGGCGGGAAUGGUAUUGUCUUUGGUAAGGGGGAGUCCUGGAAGGUGAUGCGUCGAUUCACCCUCUCCACUCUGCGGGACUUUGGGAUGGGGAAGAAGACCAUUGAGGACCGGAUCAUCGAGGAGUCCCAGAGACUGGUGGAGGUCUUCCAGUCCCACAAAGGAAAACCCUUUGACCCCCAAAUCAUCAUCAACUCUGCUGUCUCCAACAUCAUCUGCUCUAUCGUGUUCGGAGACCGCUUCGACUACGGUGAUGCACAGUUCCUGAAUCUGCAAAGAAUUGUGAAUGAGUCUGUGAAGCUCGGUGCGAGCCCCAAAACACAGCUGUAUAACAUGUUUCCUUUCCUGGGCUUCUUCCUGUCUGAUCACAAGAAGGUGCAAACAAACAGAAUAAUGCUGCUGGAGUACUUUAGAAAUGCAUAUAAGGAUUGUAAAGACAGUGUGGACAGCAAUGACCUGAGGAGCUUCAUCGACACGUUCAUCUCCAGGCAGAGAGAAGAGGAUGCCAGAAACUCAAACAAGUAUUUCCACGAGGAUAACAUGGCCAUCACAUCAGCGAACCUGUUUGCUGCAGGGACUGAGACCACCUCUACCACCCUGCGCUGGGGGCUGCUGCUCAUGAUGAAGUACCCCCACAUUCAGGACAAAGUCCAGGAGGAGAUUGAGAGUGUGAUUGGGAGGGAGCGCCCCCCGCAGGCCGAGGACAGGAAGAGCAUGCCCUACAUGGACGCCGUGCUGCACGAGAUCCAGAGAGUGGGCAACCUGGUGCCCAUGAACCUGCUGCAUGAGACCGCAGGGGACACCACCUUCCGGGGGUACAGGAUACCCAAGGGUACCCCAGUGAUCCCGCUGCUCUCCUCCGUGCUCUCUGAUAAGACACAGUGGGAGACCCCUCACCAGUUCAACCCCAACCACUUCCUGGACGCGCAGGGCAAGUUUGUCAAGAGAGAUGCCUUCAUGCCCUUCUCAGCAGGUCGGAGGGUGUGUCUUGGAGAGACCCUUGCCAAGAUGGAGCUCUUCCUCUUCUUCACCAUGCUCCUGCAGAAGUUUCACUUCCGCCCGCCCCAGGAGGUCAGCCCUGAGCAACUCGACCUCACCCCCACUCCUGGCAUCACCUCCAGCCCCCAGCCCUUCCAACUAUGCGCCCUGAGCAACUGAGAGACCCUGUGGCACUGCGACCCUGCCUUACUGCAUCUGCUAGACCUUACUACAGCCACUGACCCCUCACACUGGACCCUUUUGAAAUUAGGUCGUCAGUCGAUUAAAAUUUUUGAUGGUUAAUUUAUGGGCAUUAGAAAAUUGAUUCAGUACCGUCGACCAAUCAGCUUCCAGUUCUAGCGGGCUCUAAUAGAUGGUAGAUGCCUGCUGGAACGUCUCAACGCCAACUGUGAAUCAAAUUUAAAAUCAAUCCGCGCAAGUGCUGGCUUUUUACUUUUUGACUUGCUGUAUUUUUAAGCAUAGUUCACAUCUAUUGGACAGUAAAUACUAAAAGAAACAAUUGGUCAAAAUUAAUUUUAUUAUCCACCAAAACCAGCCAAUCAAUACUUUGCAUCCACAAAAGCAACCAAUCCUGGACCUGCUAGUGCCGAGAGCUGAUCACUAUUGCUUCAUUCAUAUAUAGAUUCAGGAGAGAAAGGCUUUGGCUGAAGGUAAAAACAUGGUGAGUUAGGAGGCAUUUUAGAGUGGUAUUAUAAAUAAGGGUUUAAAUCCCUAAGUUAAUAAAAAAUAAAAAAACAAUUUACUAAAUAAAAACUCAUUGUUUUUCUCUUUUAUAUGUAUGUGAUCCUUUGUUUUUUAUUUAAAAACAUAUUCAGCACUAUUUUCUUAGAACGUCUUUACUCAGCUGAAAGGUACCCAACGAAUCAGUACAAGUUCAAGGUAAAUCUAGGUUUUAAGGUGUGUUUUUUUUUUUUUAAAGAAAACAAUAGUAAAAAUAAUUUUCUAAUAGCGAUAGUGCCCUCUCGAUGAUGGCUCUACUGUGUGAUAGUUGACCUUGACUUUCGACUUGCACUAUCGCUUAAUUGGUUGAUUAAUCAGUAGGUUAAUCUGUGCACAUUUUUAAUAAAGAGAACGAUAUUAUAGCGGCUGUUCUGCAUAGUAAUUAAUACUUAAAAAUCAACAGAAUCUUAAAAAUAAUAAUAAUAAAUAAGCCCAAUGGGGAAUUUGGUCUUUUUAAAAGCAUUUUUAUUAUUUUUAUUGUAGUUAAUGUAACACAUUUUCACAGCACAUCGGUUGUUUCCGUAGCUACGUACUUGGCUUCCUUCUUGUACUUCUGCAUCUAGCAGAACCUGAGGCAGGAAGAGAUGAAGCUGUUUGCAAUCUUGUUACAGGUACCCGAGAACACUGUGGCUAUUGAGAAGCGAUUGCUUAACAUGCUGUCGUAGUCAGAGAUCAGAGAAAGCAAUUCCACAUAAUUACCUCUAUUUCAAGAAAAUGGAUUCGUGACCAAAUUGACUACAAUGUCUCUACAAUGUGUUAGUAUUUUUGUCAUUAUUCUUAACAGAAAAGGAAAAGGCCGAUAAUUUUAGGGAUGUUAAAGUUUAAAAAGUAUGACAAAAAAAUGGCCUUAAUAUGAACUUUUUUUUUCAAUAAAUUUCCAGUUUUUGAGUUAAAUAAAAACAAACAUAUUUGCUUCAUGUGAAAAUUGGUCUUAUUCAAUAAAACAUUCAUAGUUAAA